AGAACGAUUUUCGAAUGAAACGAGACAGAACGCGUUCCAUUCCGAAAAUAUCGAAAAUAAAUAACUUAUUAAUAUUUUAAAAAUAUAUACAUUGUUAUCUGCAAAUUUUGAAUGAAUUAAGAGGAUAGUAUGCCUAUCAAACGUUUAGGACCGUUAGAAAAGACUGAACGAGCUGGAGACACUAUAAAAUCGAAAGUUGAUGCUCUUUUGGAGCAAUGCGAAAAAAGACUAGAAGAUAAUAAAACAAAGCAUGAUGAAAAGCAAACUAAAUCAUUAAUAACAAAAUGUGAAAACAUAUUUAAAGAAAUUGAUAAACAUAUUACAACUGUAGAGAAAUUACUGCAUAAAAAUGAAAAAGAAAAAAUUGAGGAUUUUGAUCAGAGAAAAGAAAGUGAAGUAAAGAGGGUUAAUAACUUCAAAUCUGAAGUAAACAAACGAAAAUUACUAUUAGAAGGUAAAGAACUUCCAAAAGAAGAAAAAAAAGAACAAACAGAGAGCGAAUAUGAAACAGAUAGUGAGUAUGAAACAGAUUCGGAAUAUGAAACAGAUUCUGAGGAAGAAGAAUCUAAACCAAGUGCUCCAAUUAGAGCUACAACCUCAUCUGGCAAAACAGAAUCUGCUCCGCCAAAAGCAGCUGUGGCUUCUGGCAAAAAAAAUGAUAAAGAAUCAGAACAAAUAGCCAAAAAAGACGAAAAAAGCACAGAUAAAAAGACAGAGCUAAGUGAACAAUCUAAGAAAGAUACUAGUUCCAAGGAUACAAAGAAAGAAGAUACAAAAAGUAAAGUUGAGGUAGAAUCGAAGGAAAAUAAAGCAGUAACACCAGCUCCUCGAGGAAAGUCAGUUCCCGAGGAUGAAUCUAGUGAAUAUGAAACUGACACUGGGGAAGAAGAUGAAGGAAGUAGCGAAUACGAGACUUAUACAGGCUCUGAUGAUGAAGAGGAAGAAAUUGACGAAGAUGAGAGAGCCAAAAUAGAAAACUUUAAACCAGUCGUUGUUGAAGCGAUAAGUGAUUAUGACGCAGAAAAAGAAAACUACCUACCAUUUAGUGAGGGUGAACGAUUAACUCUUGUAAGGUACAUUGGUAAGGGCUGGUAUCUUGGAGAAAAUAGUGAUAAUGUGACAGGUCUUGUUCCAAUAAAUUUUUUUGAACACGUCAAUAUUUAUGAAGGCGUUCAGCAAGCAGCUGAUGACGAAUCUGAAGAAGAAGCUGUGAAAUCUCCUAAAGGGUGUGUAUUAAAAUUCGCCAGCAAACUCAUGUGGAAUAAGAUACAGUCAUCAUUGAAAGAGAAAUCUGUUACUGAUGUUCUACACGCUUUUGGAGCCGUACCAGCUGGUUUUAGACCAAGUACCUUAGCUAAAUUACAAAACUCAGAAAAAUAUUCUUUAUUACCCAUCCUGCAUCCAAAGCUCAGUGACUCUGCCUUGUCUUAUAAAGACUUGGCCUUUGACCUUACCACAGAAAAAAUUACGACGAGGCCUGUAGCGAUCCAGCGCAUUAUUCAAUUACAAGUCGCGAAAAAUAUUCCUCCUCCAGGAAAAGGUGUCGAUAUACUAAGCCGGCAUGUUCGAAUUUGCCUAUUUGAUGGGAGAAAUGUUGCUAGCAAUAUUUUUACUGUAAGAAUUGGUUCAAUUGACAAAGAUAAUCGCACCUGGAAUUUUAAUACAAAACUGACUGAUAAUAUGAAAUGUAUAGAUUUCGGAGAAGUCUUCUUACGAACAAACUUUACGGAAAAUAUCAGUAUUUUGUUCGAACUUUCUGUGGGUUACAUAAGACAAAGUUCCGGAGAAAAAGGGGAAUUAUCCUGUGGUUGGACAACUAUUCCAUUAUGUGACACUGAAAAAGUUCCGUUGGCUAACAGAGUUUAUGAUAAAACGCUAAAUGGUGGUACCAUUUAUGAAAGAGGAGUUGAAGUGGACCCUCAAAUAAGCAGAAAAGAAAGUGAUGUAGCAAACACUGGAAUCUUCAGGUCGUUAAUGAACAAGCAACCAGUUUUUUCGGUUAAAAUCACCCAACCGAGUAAAGACCAAAAGCAACUGUUAGAUACAUUGCCUGAUACCUGUAUUGCAAGCACUACUUACAUAACAUAUCUAUCUUUCUAUAGAGAAUUGUUAUGUGAUCAACUCAUUAGGGAUUGUUCUGACGUGCAGUCAAUAGAACUAAUUCAUAAUCCCCUACUGGUGACUUUUCCACUGGCUGUAAAUGAUCCAGAUUUGAUGGACACACUUAGGAGAGCUUGGUUAAAUAAAUUUAAGCAAACAUCCCGAAAUCAAAAGAAAGAUUUCGACUUUAUGAAAAAAAUGUUUUACGACACAUUUAUGGAAAACGUUUAUCCUCUUUAUCAUUCUGCUUCUCUGCCUGUGUUUGAUUUGAUUGACUCAGAGAGUCGCAUUCAAAGGCAGGAAGAAAUUAAAAGGCUUUCAGAAUUAUCAACUUCAAGGAAUUUUGUGGCCUCUUUACUAAGUGCAAAAACCGUGCAUAAACCUUUUGACUUAUCCGAAGUCAGUUUUCAUAUUCUCGGAAUUUAA